AUGAGUGACCCUGUACAAGACGUUCACAGUCAAUUAAAGGAUAACAAAGAGUUAACAGUCACUAUGAAUCCAGAUGAAGAAAUUAGUUUGGAUGGUUUCUUUCAAAUGGCCGGAAUGGAUUCAUCACAAUUAGAGGCCUUAUAUUGUCCAUUAUCACCAGUAGCAGUGUGUGCACCAGAUGAAGGUCAUAUUAAUAUAUCUGAGAAAAAUUCACCAUUCAUCAAUCAACUUCAAUCAACUGAUACAGAGGAAACAAUUAAUCAUAUCAAGGCACGAUAUGAAGCAGAAAUAUCAAAUUAUAAAAAAAAGUUAUCAAGUUAUCAAGAUGGACAACAAAAACAAGCACAACUUAUACAGAAGUUACAGGCAAAGCUUCAAACCACCACAGAGACAUUAAAUGCUCGUAUUGAUGUAGCUGAAACAAGAGCAAGAGCAUUAGAACAGGAACGUUCGUUUGAUAUUGAAAACACUGUAAAUAAAUUACAUGAAGAACAGCAAAGAUCAAAUGAAUUGUCCCGUGCGAAUGAAUUACUCCGUGAUCAAUUAGAACAAGCUGUACAAGCUAAUCAAGGUUUAAGUCAAGAUGUAGCACGUUUAACUUUAGCAUGGAGACAUGCAGCACAACAAUUAGAUAAACGUGAAUCAGAAUGGCGUGAAGAAGAAAGUGCAUUUAAUGAUUAUUUCGCUGCUGAACACAAUCGUUUAUUAUCCCUAUGGAGAGCUGUAGUCGCCCUUCGACGUCAAUUUGCCGAUUUAAGACAACAAACUGAUAAAGAUUUGACUAAUACUCGUACAGAAUUUAGUCGAUAUAUAGGCAAUAUUCAGUCAGCAUGUAAUAAUUUAGAAGCAAAUCUUCGUGCAGCUGAAGUACAGAAUCAAGCAAGUCAAGCGAAAACAGCUAAUUUUCUUGAAUCAGAUAUGACAAAUCGUAUACAAGGUUUAACUGAAUCCCUAGCACGUAGUCAAGCUCGUUUAACUGAAGCAGAAACCAAGUUAACUGAAGCUAUGACAGCAAAAGAAAGGCUUGCAAUACAGCUUGCUGAAAGGGAUCGAAUACUUACUACAAUGAAACAGUUACACUCUAACUAUGAAGUCAAUUCACAGUCAAGAAGAAGUUCUAAUACAUUUAAACGGGGUAAACGCAUUCAUGAUGUAUUAGAUAAAGUUAUUGAUAAUGGAAAACAAAGAGAUGGUCUGUCUGAACUUGAACCAAGUACUGAUGAUGAAGAUGAUCAUUUAAAAGCAACAAAACGCCUAAUUGAACAUACACAUGUUAUGCAUCAUGCUUUGAGUCAAAUAGCACAGUUAGUUAUUUGGGAUGCAACGAUUGCUGAUACUGAUGAAGCACAGGAUCCUAUCCUUAAUUUAAAAAAUCCUGACUGGUCAACCACACGUGUUAAUCUAUAUUCAGAUAAAUUGAAACCAGCAGUUUCUGAUCCAUCUGUAGAUACUAAAACACAAAUUGUAUUGCAGAAUGAAGGAGAUGAUAUAAAUCAACUGGAAAGUAAAAUUCACUUUUCUAAACCAGAAGAGAUUUCUUCACUUCGUCAACUAGCUCAUUCAAAAUAUCAAGCUGGUUCAAGUUUACAUCUUGCUGAAUCAACAGUCAAUGCUGUACAAAGUGCAUUAAAUAGACGUGCAACUCAUGUUCAUCGUCUGAGACUUCGAAGUUCUGGAAUGAAGGAACAAGUUAAUAACCUUUUACGUCGUGGAGAAGAAGCUGAUAUUGAACGAAAACGUCUGUCUGAGCAACUUGCACGAUUGAGAGAGGAAUUAGAAACACAAAGUUUGGAAAUGGAUAAAUUAUCAAGAGAAAGAGAUAAGAUCAAACAAACAUUGAGUUUAACUAAAGAAGAACACGAAAUUAGUGAAUCAGCAAGACAAAAUCUUAAUGAACAUGUACGUGAAAUUGAAAGUGAAUUAGAACGACUUAAAACAUCUUUGCAUGAUAUGCGAAAGCAACGAGAUGAUACAAUAUCUGAACGUGAUCGUUUACAAACCGAACAAGAACGUACACUUCGCGAACUAGAUGCCAUUCAAAAAACACUUAGCAGUACUGAACAAAGAGCAGUAAACUUACGUGAAGAAUUGGCUACAAUUCGUGAACAUUUAAGACGUGUUGAAUUAGAAAAAGAAAUAUUAGAUCAAGAGAAAAAUGAUGCUAUUACGACAGCUUCUAGAAUUCAAGAAAAGAUUGAAGAAUUAAGUGGAGACCUUAAUCAGGCGUACAACAGAGAGAAUCAAUAUAAAUCAAAAAUUGCUAGGUUAGAAACAGUUCUUGAAUCACAAGAACAUGAUGCAGAGCAAUUAUCUCAUCAAAUUUCAUUAACUCAUGCUAAUGAAAAUCGUCUAACAGAAGAGAGAGCUAAUCUUCGAAUGGAAUUACAAGAACAAAGAGAUGAGUUAGAAAAGCUUUAUUCAGAAAAAUUAUUGACACAAUCUGAAUUAGAACAGGCACGUGAGUCUACAAUGAGAGCGGAAACAGCUAGAACACGUUUAGAAGCGGAAUUAAGUGAAUUAGCCAGAGAAAGAAUGACACUUACAGAAUCACUAUCAGAAACUCAAAGGCAAAAAGCAACUCUAAUGGAGGAUAUUUCAACAUUUCGUAGAGAUUCUGAACGUCAAGAAGCAUUAAUUAUGCGAAUAACUAAUGAAAAAGAAGCGAUUUCACGACAUAAAGCUGAAUUGUUACUUCAGUUAUCAAUUAUAGAAAGAGAUAAUCGUCAUCUAACAGAAAUAAUCAAUAAUCUGAAAUCAGAAAAAGAAAGUCUAGAAUCGAAUUUAUUCGAUUUGCAACAGACAAUUGAACAAUUGUAUCAUAAACAAUCUCAGUUAGAGAGAGAUGUAUCAGAACUAAAGAGUCGUCGAGAUGAAUUACAAGCUGAACUUUGUCGAGCUCACAGUAACUUUCAAAUAGAAUUAGAAAAAUCUCAACGUUGUGGUAAAGAAGUAGGCGAUCAGUUAUCAAAUGAAUUAGAAGGUAUGCGUAUGGCAUUACUACAUGCUGAAAGACGAGCUGAAGAAGCCGAAAAUGCCUGUUUACAAGCAGUUGCUAGAGCAGAUCAAGCUGUUAGUGUCAUUGAUAAGCAACAUCAGCAGCAUGUAGACGUAGAACAAUUAUUGGAUAGAGAAUUAGAAUUACGCAAUUCUGCUGAAGAAAUGAAUCGACUUACUAAGGAAUUAUUAGCUGCACAAAGGGAGAGAGAUGAGGCUCGUUUACUGGCAGAACAAGAGCGCCAACGUGCACUUUCUAGAACAGCGGAAGAGAAAGUAAGCCUUCAAGAAAAGGUGAAUGCUCUACAAGAAACUAUCACAGAAUUACAAACAACUCUGGAUAGAACACAGAAAGAUGCAAGUGCUCGGGAGGAUCAAGAAAGAUCAGCCUUGCGAAAAGCUACAGAAGAGGUUCGUAGCUUCAGGAAUCAGUUACAAGAAGCUUGUUCACAGCAUGAAAGAGAAAAUCGAGAACUACGAAUGCGUAUACACAGUCUUGAGAGCCAAAGAGAACAGUGGACAAAAGAAGUCAGCGAACUUCAGCUACAAAUUCGAAUGGCAGAAGAAGUUAGGGAUACUAAUCGUACAGAACUGGUCGACAGUACAUAUCGUAUUCGUGCACUGGAAGAAACAAAUGAUUCUUCAAGAAGGGAAUGCAGUGAACUACGUCAAAGACUUGGUGAACUAGAACGUGAGAAAACUGCAUUGGAUCAUUCAAAUGAAGAAUUGAGAAAACAAUUGAAAAGUGUGGAACUAGAACGUGUUGAUUUAGUUCGUAUGACUAAUUCAUUGAAAUCUAAACUUCAAGGCACCGAAAUGGAUAGAACAAGUUCCGAGAGACGUGUAGCAGACCUACAAGUUGGCUUGAAAGAAGCUACAAAUUUAGCAAAUGAAGCUAAACGUGAAAUUAUUGAAUUACGCAAUAAACUGCAAAGAACUGAAUCAGAAAAAGCAAAAUUAUCUGAAGAAAUUGAAGACUUGAAGGUUCGACUAAAAGAAAGUAUCAAUCAAGAAGAAAAUUUAAAACGAGAAAAAGUUGCAUUGAAACAAAAACUUCUAGAAAUUGAAGCUUCAAAUCCACACUUCAAUCGGAAUUGUCUGAUUUAA